AUGAUCCCGGUAAAAUUGCACUACGGUGACCGAUCAAUAACUCUGCUGGCGUUCUUGGACGAAGGAGCGUCUGUCACUUUGAUGGAGAAGCAGUUGGCAGAUCGACUGGGAGUCGUCGGAGUUCAAGAGAAACUUACCAUAAAGUGGACUGCUGAUAUUACGAGGGUCGAGAAGGGUUCACGGCGAUUGAAUGUAUGGAUCUCUGCUGCAGAUUCUGAUGAAAAGCUGCUACUGAAAACAGUACGGACAGUGGAGAAACUCAUGCUACCGCCACAGUCACUCGAUGCACAAAAGUUGUCUAAUAGGUACGAACACAUGCGUAACCUACCCAUUUCCUCUUACGAUGGUCGACCAGAAAUGCUAAUAGGGCUAAACAAUAUUCAUUCGUUUGCCCCUGUAGAUGUAAAAGUUGGUACGAAUGUAGAACCGAUUGCUGUGCAGUGCAAGCUGGGAUGGACGGUGUAUGGUCCGACAAAGCCAGAUGCAAGCUCUUCGGGACAUUAUCUGGGUUGUCAUCAAGAAGUGACCAACGAAGACAUACAUGAGCUGCUAAAAUGCCAAUAUGCUUUGGAAGAAUCGGUAGUAAAGGUGUCGGAAGACUCUGCAGAAGAGAGAAGAGCGCGAGAAAUACUCGAACGGUCUACUAAGAGGGUUAAUGGGCAUUUCGAAACAGGUCUGUUGUGGAAGUCGGAUGAUCCGCGUUUUCCAGAUAGCUUCCCAAUGGCCUUUCGAAGACUGAAACAACUGGAGAAACAGUUGGCGAAAAAUCCGGAGCUCGAUAUGAACGUCCGCCAGCAAAUUAAGGAGUACCAGCAGAAAGGAUAUGCGCAUCUGGCAACUGCGGAUGAACUUUCCGGUACCGAACCAUCAAAAACUUGGUACCUUCCCCUCAACGUCGUUUUAAACCCAAAAAAACCUGGAAAAGUCCGUCUUGUUUGGGAUGCAGCUGCGACAGUGCAGGGGGUUUCUCUUAACUCGCAACUUUUAAAGGGACCGGAUAUGCUCGUUCCAUUGGUGACGGUCAUCACCGGUUUUCGAGAGCGUAGGAUUGCAUUUGGAGGCGACUUACGCGAGAUGUACCAUCAGCUGAAGAUAAUAGCCAAAGACAAGCAGGCUCAACGUUUCCUUUUUCGAGAGAAUUCUACGGCAUCACCAAGCAUUUACGUGAUGGACGUAGCCACAUUUGGGUCGACGAGUUCACCAUGUUCCGCGCAAUUUGUGAAAAACAAAAAUGCUGCUGAAUAUGCAGCGCAGUUUCCUGAGGCGGCGGAGGCGAUCAUCCAUCGCCAUUAUGUCGAUGAUUACUUUGAUAGUGUCGACACUGUUGAAGAAGCUAUUCAUCGAGCGAAAGAAGUGAGUUUUGUUCAUUCGAAGGCGGGCUUUGAGAUCAGAAAUUGGGUAUCGAAUUCUCCGGAAUUUCUCCAAAGUCUCGGAGUACAACGACCAACGCAGGAAGUGCACUUCAACCGGGACAAACAGACCGAUAACGAAAGAGUUCUAGGUAUCAUCUGGGAUCCAGAACAAGACGAGUUCUCAUUCUCAACUCAACAACGUGAAGAACUCAAGGCAUAUUUUCAAGGCGACAAGAGGCCAACAAAAAGAAUUGUACUGAGCAGCGUGAUGGGAUUUUUCGAUCCGUUGGGGCUGCUAUCUCAAUUCACCAUUCACGGGAAAAUUAUAAUUCAACAUUUGUGGCGAUCCGGUUGUGAUUGGGAUGAUCAGAUUAGCGAUGAUUGCUGGGGAAUGUGGAUGCGUUGGAUUGGUCUGCUGCCUAAAGUGGACAUGAUUCGUAUUCCGCGUUGUUAUCUCGGUGAUGCGAUGCUCUCUUCGGUCGACUCGUUGGAGGUUCACAUUUUCUCCGAUGCUAGUGAACACGCAUAUGGCUGUGUAGCAUACUUGCGGGCCGUCAUCAAUGGAAAGGUUAGGUGUACACUGGCAAUGUCCCGUUCUAAGGUCGCUCCACUAAAACGACAAUCAAUUCCACGCUUAGAACUAAUGGCGGCACUUCUCGCUGCUCGGAUGAAACAAACGAUUUUAGCUACCCACAGUCUCAAAAUCUCUCGUUGCAUUCUGUGGACAGAUUCUCGAACUGUUUGCAGUUGGAUCCGAGCUGAUCAACAUAAAUACAAACAGUUCAUCGCCUUUAGAGUAGGAGAGAUUCUAGAGUCGACAAAGGUAACCGACUGGCGUUGGAUUCCGUCAAAAUUAAAUUUGGCCGACGUAUUAACAAAAUGGGGUCUGGGCCCACCACUCGAAAGUGAUGGAGAAUGGUUCAACGCCCAAGCCUUUUUAUAUCAGCAUGAGGAUCAAUGGCCAUCGCAGGACAUGUUCGUUGAAGAUACCGACGAAGAAGCAAGAGGUGUCGUUUUAUUCCACGGAUUGAUCGAUGCUCAAGCCAGUUCGCGUUGGAUGACAAUAGUAAGAGUAACCGCGAAUGUAUUGCGUUUCAUAACGAACUGUAAACGUAAGAGAGAUGGUCUAGCUAUACUAACCUCAAAGGCUACGGAGAACCAGAGACGACUGAUCAAGUCCGAAAUUCGCACAACACAACGACCAUUUCAGAAAGAAGAGUUCAUAAAAGCAGAAAAUAUUCUAUGGAAACAGAUACAGUUUGAAAAUUAUGGCGAUGAAAUGAGUGCGCUGAUGAAAAAUAUGGAAGCUAAACCAGGGCAGCCGUUAGAGAAGAUUAAAAAAUCAAGCUGUAUCUAUAAGCUAACGCCUGUGAUAGAUGAAGAAGGAGUACUAAGAAUGGGCGGAAGAAUGGGAAAAUCUAAAACGAUUCCCUUUGAUAAAAAAUAUCCGAUCAUCCUGUCUCGGAAGCAUGAAGUAACGAAGAAGCUGAUUCAGUUCUAUCACGAGAAAUAUGGACACGCUAAUCGUGAGACUGUUUUCAACGAGUUGAGGCAAAAAUUCUGGAUUCCUAAUCUACGGGCCGCUAUUCUACAAGUAAUGCACGAGUGCAUGUGGUGUAAAGUGAAGCGAUGUCGUUCGCAUGCGCCAAUAAUGGCUCCACUUCCGGUACAGAGGAUAACGUCGUGUUUACGCCCGUUUAGCUCCGUAGGAGUAGAUUAUUUGGGACCUGUUGAGGUGACAAUCGGACGAAGGAAAGAGAAACGAUGGGUGGCAGUUUUCACUUGUUUAGCUGUAAGAGCGGUUCAUUUAGAGGUGAUACACAGUCUCACAACGCAGUCUUGUUUGAUGGCCAUCAGGAGAUUUGCUUGUAAACGUGGUAUGCCGGACGAGAUAUUUUCAGACAAUGCGACAUGUUUCAAGGGAGCUGAUAGUGAGAUGCAAAGGAUAAAGAAACUAAUCGGAAGCAGAUGUGCAGAAAAAAUAUCAAGUUCCACGACGACCUGGCACUUCAACCCUCCUGGUGCUCCUCAUAUGGGUGGAAUCUGGGAGAGGAUGGUGAGAUCGGUCAAGGAGGCAAUGACCGGAUUGAACUACGGAAGGUCGCUGACGGAUGAAAUCCUGACGACAGCACUAGCGGAAGCGGAGGAUAUGAUAAAUACUCGCCCGCUAACAUACGUUCCACAAGAGUCGGCAGAAGCGGAAUCACUUACUCCGAAUCAUUUCCUGCGAGGUUCGGUGACAAGCGCAGACCUGGAAAUUGAUGACUCGGUGGACUUCGCGGAUGCCCUAAGAGACGUUUAUAAACGCUCCCAGUACUUAGCAGACCGUAUGUGGGAAAGAUGGUACAAAGAAUAUCUACCGACAAUUAAUCAACGUUCAAAAUGGUUUGAAGAGCAACGACCGUUGCAAACUGGCGAUCUGGUGUUUGUGGUUGAUGGAAAGAAUCGUAAACAAUGGAUUAGAGGUAUUGUGGAAAACGUAUUGAAAGGAUCCGAUGGGAAGAUCAGGCAGGCUAUGGUGAGGACCUCGGGUGGAGUCUACAGGCGGGCCGUGGCAAAUCUUGCGGUUCUCGAAAUUCAAAGUGGUAACUCCGGAAAUGCUGAGGACAAUACCGGAUGUUACGGGCAGAGGUAUGUUACCACCGCUGGGCAGCCCGAGAAUGCAAGUGGUGUUUCCCCCGGUCAAUGCGAGUUGACAGUUGAUGCGCAAGUUGUUGAUAAUUAG